AUGUUGAAUAGUUCGUAUGAUGUGCAAAAUACUCUCAGCAUCCUGCAAAUUCUGGAUGAAUUGCUAUCGGCGGGGACAGUCAAAAGGAUCCGUUACAUGAUUUCUAAAGGAGGCAGUGAGGCACUCUUACACACACUUAUUAACAUGACCAGAAUAUUUCCUCCAAAUUACGAUGUCCUCUUGCCUCUAUUGCACUUGAUCAUCAAAGUUGGACAAAGAGACAAGAGGUUUGGACAGAAAGCUCAAGAAAUUGGAGCCAUUAAUGAGACCUUGAACCUACUGAAGCACAGUCUACCACAGCCCAAGUACGUCACUCCCUGUUUGUGGGUUCUCAAGAUCUAUGCUACAAGUGUUGUAACUGGUGCUGCACUCGGUAAGAGUGGAAUUACAAGACUGCUGUUCAAACUGAUAUCUCCGUAUACAACCAGGAACACAAAGGCUGUAAGAGCAGCCAUUGAAGCUCUUUCAGCUUUAUUGAAAUCGAAAUGGAACUGCAGGAGGGCAGUGGACAAUGGAUACAUCCACAGGCUCCUGAAGUUGUAUCAGGAUUGGCACCAACGAGAUACACAGAACAAGUUCACCUCCAUUCACAAAGCUCUGCUUAACUGCAUUAAGAAUAUCACAAACAUCCAGGCUGGGAAGAAAGCCUUUCUGCAGGCAGAUGGCAUGCGGGUGCUGCUCAGGGCCUCCCAGGCUUAUGGCAGUAGUCCAGGCCAACAGCCCGUGAUCAAGUUGGCGACACAAGUCAUGCGGAAGUGUCACCCCAAACAGCCUCUUCCUUUGUUAACAGUUAGAAGUUGCUAUUCAUUUUUACUCCCGAACACAGCGGACUCCCAGCCACUGGCCUGUCCCAGCAUGUUUCCUCAAGAGGUCAUUACAAUGAAAGAAGAUGAUGAAGAACAGGAUGAUGAAGACAACAUUGAGAAUGAAGAACCAGUGUGUAAUGAAGAUGAUGAUGAUCUUGAAACAGAUUUAACACGGCUGAGGCCAAAUCCACAACUCGAUAGAGCUGUGGAGGAGCUCAAACAAUAUGAAAGACUUUGCCCAGAACUUACUGGAUAUUUUCAGGAUUCAGGCAGAAAUCCCAAUGGACCAAGUGGUGGGUGCACUUUGAACCCUUCAAAACAUAAAACGAAGAAGAUGCAUCUGAGUAUGCAGAGACCCAGUGUGGAUUCAUCAAAAGCAUGCAUUCAAACUAUGACUGGUGAAGAACGAUCUCACUUUCUCAGUCAGAGCUGGUCUAUUGACAGUGAGCAGAAUGGUCAACAUGCUGGGUAUGAGCUUUCACAAAUGCGUAGAGAGAUGGUUCCAUUCCACGAUCCACAUGUUUACACCACGAUGGCAGAGAAAACAAGAUCAGCCUCCGAUUACAAAUCACUAGCGUUUCCAGAUUAUUGGGGUCACAUCUCUCCUGUCUAUCAGGAGCCACUGACUGGUCAGUGGUCUGGACAUCAAAGGGACAAGAUAUUUGAAGAUAUUCAACGUUUAGUCAGUCCGGGGGAUAUUCUAAACAAAGUCGUUUUUGAUGCUGACAGUCUUCCAUUGGUUACAUCAGAAGAUGACAUUUCCCUGAAGUUCUACUCACAUUUUGAGUCUGGCAAUCUUCGCAAAGCAAUUCAAAUUCGCAAGUAUGAAUAUGAUUUGAUUAUGAAUGCUGACAUCAACACAGAGCUUCAGCACCAGUGGUUUUAUUUUAAGCUCAGUGGCAUGAGAGCUGGAAUCCCCUAUCGAUUCAACAUCAUUAAUUGUGAGAAGACCAAUAGUCAGUUCAACUACGGUAUGCAGCCAGUGAUGUACUCUGUCCAUGAGGCAUUGUGUGGAAGACCACAUUGGAUUCGUGUGGGUUCUGAUAUCUACUAUUACAAAAACCAUUACUGCAGAUAUAAUGCAGCUACAAGAGGGCAGAAGGAAACAUCAUACUAUACCUUGACAUUCACCAUCACUUUCCUACACUCGAAGGAUGUCUGCUACCUGGCAUAUCACUACCCAUAUACCUACUCAACACUAAUGACUCACCUGCACCUCCUCGAGGAGUCACUAAAUCAUGAUCAGGUUUAUUUCCGGCAUCAGACAUUAUGUUCUACACUCGGCGGUAACAGGUGCCCAGUGAUCACGAUUACUGCUAGUCCUGGAGCUCAAUGUGAACAGUUGCGUCAAUUUUGGAAUCGGCAGUACGUGGUGCUAACAGCCCGAGUCCAUCCAGGGGAGAGCAACGCCAGCUGGGUCAUAAAGGGCACACUGGAGUUUCUUAUGAGUAAUGAUCCCAUUGCUCGCAGUCUACGGGAGUCCUACAUUUUCAAAAUCAUUCCCAUGCUAAAUCCUGACGGGGUCAUCAAUGGCUGCCAUCGCUGCUCUUUGAGUGGAGAGGAUUUGAACAGGCAAUGGUCCGAUCCAAAGCCUGACCUUCAUCCAACUAUUUAUCAUACAAAGGGUCUCCUCAGCUACAUGAGAAGUAUUGGCAAGACCCCACUGGUUUAUUGUGACUACCAUGGGCAUUCACGGAAGAAGAAUGUCUUCAUGUACGGAUGCAGCCUUAAGGAGACACUGUGGCAGGCAAGGUCCAGCAUUGACACAGCAACAUUGAAAGAGGAUAUUGGAUAUCGGACCAUCCCCAAAGUCCUGGACAAGAUCUCCCCGGCAUUUGCCAUGAACCGCUGCUGCUUUUUGGUCCAGAAGUCGAGGGAAGCGACUGCACGUGUGGUGGUUUGGAGAGAGAUUGGGGUUCUCCGGAGCUACACGAUGGAGAGCACUUACUGCGGCUGUGAUCAGGGCAAAUACAGUGGUCUCCAACUUGGAACCCGGGAACUGGAAGAAGUGGGAGCUAAGUUCUGUGCAGGGCUCCUGAAGUUAAAGAAAGAGGAAUGGUCAUGUAGCAAACAGCUGAUAACUGAAGGUGGCACUGUAUUUGAUUCUGAUAAUGAGCUCCCGAAUGAUAGACACGUGACACCCAGCGAUGGGAGUGUAGAUGAUGAACCACCGUGCCCAGAAGAGAUAGAUUACGACACAGACAAUUGCACUGAGGAAGAUGAUGACUCCAUUGAUCUUGCCACUGAGCUCAGCGGGAGCUCUGAGGAUGAACUCGAGCUUGAUAAAAAUUGA